AAUGCUUCUGUCACAUUCACCUUCUCCCAUGAACCCUAAGAAAAUUGGUCGCUUUCGAAUCCUCGUUAUAGGAAGGGCGAGUGCAGGAACCACUACCGUGCUUUCAAGAGUUUGCAACACACCGGAGAACCCAACAAUAUACAGCGCUGGGAAAAAGCGCGGAGAGAUGGUGUUCAAAAGCAACCCGGGAUUCGUCUUUCAUGACUCACGUGGAGGCGGUGGAUCCGAAUUCGAGAAGGUCAAGGCAUUUAUCGAGGGCCGCUCAGAGGAAACGAAAACCGACAAACAACUCCAUGCUAUCUGGUACUGCAUCCCAAUGGACGAGGCAAGCAGGUCGUCCACUCAGUGCGACACUGGAAGCAUCCUCAGUUCCAUUAUUUGUAGGGACAUUCGACGCCCUCCAAAAUGUCAUGUAUGCCUUCCUAAUAUGGACAAGGACGAUGCAGACUGCAGGCCACUCAUCGAACGCACGGCUGGAACUCUGGGCAACGAAGUACUGAAGCAAUUAUUCGUCUCGACCCAGCAGACCAACUUGGAGCUCUGCAUCGGAGAGGUAAUCACCCAUGGUCUCAUUUACUUGCCGCAAGUGUUAGCCCACUGAUAUU